UCGAGGCUGGUCAAACAAGGGCGAAAGUAAAUCGUAAAUCCCAACAACAACAACAACAACAACUGAACCCACGAUUGAUAAUCGAUCGAUCGAUCGUUUGAUACGAACCUACUACUACGCAGCCAGCCAUCCAUCCAGUACACAUAUAUAUUUGGGAUAAUCCGAGACUGCGAGAAGCGAUAAUGUCGUCGCGCAUGACGGCCAACCCGGCCAAAGCGCCGCGGUAUCGCCCCGGCAAGGCGGUCGAGGAGGUGGAGAGCUCUGAUUCCGAAGAGGAGGUUUCGCCAGAAGAGGAACAGCAGCGGGCGAUACCGAGUAGACCACCACAACCGAAAUUCAGCUCAGCGGGGGGGAUAUCGAGUGAUCUCAAGAAAGUCGACCUGAACGAGCGACGCAGGGAGGCGAGGGAGAAGGAGGAGAAGAGGGUGGAAGAUGAGCGGCUAGCCAGGAAAGCAGAAGAGGAGGGGUUUGUGACUGAGAGUGAGGAGGGGGAGGAGGGGAGUGAAGAGGAGAGCGGGAGUGAAGAGGAGAGCGGGAGCGAGGAGGAGAGCAGUGAGGAGGAGGCGCCUAGACGCGUGAUGAUGCGCCCGACGUUUGUGAAGAAGGAUAAGCGCGGGCUUAGGAAGGAGGAGGAUACGAGACCGGAAGAAGAGCGAGCUGCCGAGGAGGAGGAGAGGAGGAAGAAAGCCGCGGAUGAGAUUGUGGAGGAGCAGAUCCGGAAGGAUGUCGCGGCGCGGGAGGCGGGGAAGAAGAACUGGGAUGAUGAUGAGGAGGCUGAGGAUGAGAUUGAUGAUACGGAUGGUCUUGAUCCGGAGGCUGAGCACGCGGCGUGGAAGUUGAGGGAGUUGAUGAGGAUUAAGCGGGAGAGGGUGGCGAUUGAGGAGAUGGAGAGGGAGCGGGAGGAGGUGGAGAGGGUGAAGAAUUUGAGUGUCGAGGAGAGGAAGGCAGAGGAUGAUGCGCAUAUUGCGAGGCAGGUCGAGGAGAGGGAGGGGAAGGGGAAGAUGGGGUUCAUGCAGAAGUACUACCAUAAGGGUGCUUUCUUCCAGGAGGACGCUAAGGAAGCGGGACUGGAUAGGAGGGAUCUCAUGGGCGCGCGCAUGGCGGAUGAUGUGGUGAAUCGCGAGUUGUUGCCGCAGGCGCUGCAGAUGAGGGAUAUGACCAAGUUGGGGAAGAAGGGGGCGACGAAGUAUAGGGAUUUGAAGAGUGAGGAUACGGGACAGUGGGGACGGUUUGAGGAGAGGAGGGUUGGGGGGGGAGGGGGAAGGAUGGGGGUGGGGGGGGAUGUGGAUGAGAGGUUUAGACCGGAUGAGGGGGGGAGGAGUGGUGCGAAUAAUUUGCCGGUUGGGGAGAGGAGGGUGCCUCAGGGGCCGAGGGGGGGGAGGGAGGAAGAAAGGGGUGCGGGGAGGGAGAGGCAGAGAUCGAGGUCGCCGAGGAGGGAGAGGGAAAGGUCGAGAGAGAGGGAGCCGAGGAGGGAUAGGGAUGAUGAUCGGAGUCGGAGGAAGAGGAGUUCUUCGAGGGAUGGGGGGAGGUAUGAGUACGAUAAGAGGCGGAAAGUGGAUUAGACUCCGCGAGCGCGUGUACUAUAUAAUCUCGGCGCCAAAUCAAGAAGCGGGC